AUGAGGAGACUUCACGUUGACCAGCUUAACCCUUCGAUCAAGAACGUGCAGUAUGCCGUCCGUGGCGAGCUCGCUAUCAAGGCCGAGGUGCACAGGGAGAAAUUGAAGGAGGACGACCAUGGUCUGCCAUUCGACACCGUCGUCUCCUCGAAUAUCGGGAACCCACAGCAGAAGGGACUGGACCAGCCUCCCAUCACGUUCAACCGACAGGUCGCGGCAUUGAUGGAAUGGCCGGAGCUGGCGAACAUCGCGGGCCACGCGUUCCCAAAGGACGUGAUUGCGCGGGCGAAGGAGCUUCAGCAUGAGAUCGGCUCGGUGGGCGCGUACUCGCAUUCGCAGGGCGUGCCGUUCAUCCGACAGAGUGUUGCGAGGUUCAUCGAAGAACGCGAUGGUUACCCCUCCGAUCCAAACCACAUCUUCCUCACCGCAGGUGCCUCCGCCGGAGUCUCCCUCCUGAUCUCCAUGCUCAUCGCGCACCCGAAGACCGGUAUCCUCAUCCCUAUCCCCCAAUACCCUCUCUACACCGCCACGCUCGCCGCCUUCGACGGUCUCCCCAUCCCCUACCACCUCGAAGAAGCAGCCGACUGGGCCACGGACCCGCACUCGAUCCAACACGCAGUCGAAGAAGCCGUCGCCGACAACGUCGACGUUCGCGCCCUCGUGAUCAUCAACCCCGGAAACCCCACCGGUUCCCUGCUCGAUGUCCCGACGAUGGAGAAAGUCGUCCAUCUAUGCGAGAAACACAGUCUUGUCCUUCUCGCGGAUGAAGUCUACCAAACCAAUCUCCACAAACCCACCACGCACCCUUUCACCUCCUUCAAGAAAGUCGUCCGCGACCUUCAAUCGCCCAUCGGCCUCGUUUCGUUCCACUCCAUCUCCAAGGGCGUGACGGGCGAAUGCGGUCGUCGGGGCGGAUACUUCGAGUGCACGAACAUCGACGACGAGGUCAUCGCGACGAUGUAUAAGAUGGUCUCCGUCGGGCUCUGUCCGCCCGUCGCCGGCCAGAUCGGCGUCGACUGCAUGGUCCGCCCGCCCAAGAAGGGUGAGGAGAGUUAUCCGCUGUGGAAGGAAGAGACGGACUCGACCCACGCGGCGCUCGCGUCGCGCACGAAGAUCAUGGCGGAGAGGCUGAACAAGCUUCCUGGCGCGUCCUGUGUCGAUUCGCCUGGCGCACUGUAUCUGUACCCGAAGUUGGACUUGCCGGAUAAGGCGAUCAAGGCGGCGAAGGAGGCGGGUAAGGAGCCGGACGCGUUUUAUGCGCUGCAGUUGUUGGAUGAGACGGGGAUUUGUGUGAUUCCUGGGAGUGGGUUCGGGCAGAAGGAUGGCGAGGCGCAUUAUAGGUUGACGUGUUUGUGUCCGGGCGUGGAGGAGUAUGUGGCGAAGUUGGAGAAGUUCCAUAUUGGGUUCAUGAAGAGGUACUCAUAG